AUGAAGUCGUCCUGGAUUUUUUACAUCUUGUUUCAUGUGGUAGUGUCUUGGAAAGUUCGUCUGAAACCAAUCAAAUGUUAUUCCGAUCUGGUUGUCGGUGAGGUAAGUUUAUACUUUUUAGCAUAAUUUUUGCAGCCUAUGGAAAUCUUUGAACAGCGAGUAGUUGGAAGUAGGUACGAAUUCAUUCCCAUUGAUGGAACACUCAAGAAGAUUGCUAAUACGGGAGAAUAUCAAGUAGAAGUCCCUGGGAAUAUCCCUAUUCUUCUUGAAUUCAGAUUGUAAGUUCAUCUUUUGGUAUUGAUUGCUGACUUUAGUUACUCAACUUGUCCUCUACGAUCUUCUGAAGAUCGGCCAUGCCGAGUUCGUUAUAAAAGUAUUGGGAGACCACGGCAUGGAGCAGAUGUAACAGAACUGGGGUCAUCAAACGUUGUGCAGAUUGAUACCUUCGAAAUUAAAAAUGAACCAUGCCCGGAUCUCACUGAACAAUUUAGCACAACUCUAAUCCCGACUACUAUUAUUAGUAAGUUAUGUUAUUUUUUAUUAAGCGUAAUUUUUUAGGGACAACAACUACAAAAACAACAGCUGUUAAUGAACGCAAUGUCACACAACCCGAAUAUGUCGAAGAUGCAAGCCGCUUCGAUCUUCGUCCAGAAAUAUUCGAAAUCGUGGAUCAUGGGCAAUACGACCACUUUGAUGACGGAAAUACAGUAUACCCAAAUGUUUUUUGUAUAUUGUUGGUUGUUUUGAUGAUUAAACAGUAA